GGGCGCGGGCCUCCUCAGAGGCGACGGCGGCAGCGGCCGGGCGGGUGGUGGCGAUGCUGUGGCCGCAGCUGGCGGCGACGGAGUGGGCAGCGCUGGCCUGGGAGCUGCUGGGCGCCUCGGUGCUGCUGAUUGCGGUGCGCUGGCUGGUGCGGCGGCUGGAGAAGCGGCCGCGGGUCCUGGGCCGGCCCGGGCCUCCCGCCCCAGGUGAAAUGACAAUGGAUGCCAUCUUGGCUCGACUGAAACUCCUGAAUCCAGAUGACCUUAGAGAAGAGAUUGUCAAAGCCGGAUUGAAAUGUGGGCCUAUUACCUCAACCACAAGGUUCAUUUUUGAGAAAAAAUUGGCUCAGGCGUUACUAGAGCAUAGAACAUUGCCUUCACCCCCUCCCGACCAGGACACCACAGGGGCCUCCGCUCUCAGCCAGGACACACACAGGACUUUGAAGUCUGUGGUAGGGAGCCCGGCUCCACAGGUCAGCUUUUCUCAAGACAGAGGUUUGGGCUAUGGCGUGGGCAUGAAUCCUCCACAGGAGGAUGACCUGAGCUCACAGACCUGCCCACUGCCCUUCAGUGGUGCAGCUGGAGUCGGCGGCCACCAAGCCGUGGUGAGGGCCUCUACGGAGCCUCCUCUGUACUACGGGGUGUGCCCAGCAUACGAGGACUCCCCAGCGAGAAACGGUAAUGUGACAGAAAGGAUUCAUGUUUAUGAAGAUAAAAAGGAAGCAUUGCAAGCUGUCAGAAUGAUCAAAGGAUCCCGGUUUAAAGCUUUUUCAAGUAGAGAAGAUGCUGAGAAAUUUGCUAGAGGAAUCUGUGAUUAUUUCCCUUCUCCAAGCAAAACCUCGUUACCACUGUCUCCUGUGAAAGCAGCACCACUCUUCAGCAAUGAUGGUUUGUACUCACCUGAGUCAGAAACAGCCAACAAAGAGCGAGCGAACAGUUACAAAAAUCCUCGUACACAAGACCUCACUGCCAAACUGCGGAAAGCUGUGGAGAAGGGAGACGCAGACACCUUUUCGGAGCUUGUCUGGAGCAAUCCCCGGUAUCUGAUUGGUUCUGGGGACAAUCCAACCAUCGUGCAGGAGGGCUGCAGGUACAAUGUCAUGCAUGUCGCUGCGAAGGAGAACCAGGCUUCCAUCUGCCAGCUGACCCUUGAGACGCUGGAAGACCCCACAUUCAUGCGCCUCAUGUACCCAGACGAUGCCCCGGAUAUGCUGUACAAGCGCAUCUGUUACAUCCUUGACCUGUACCUGAACACACCUGACAGGGUGGGCUACGACACACCGUUGCAUUUUGCUUGUAAGUUUGGGAAUGCAGACGUGGUCAACGUGCUCUCUUCACACCCUUUCAUUGUAAAACGCCCACAGAACAAAUAUGAUAAAACACCUGAAGAUGUUAUUUGUGAAAGAAGCAAAAAUAAAUCUUUGGAACUGAAGGAGCGGAUUAGAGAAUAUUUAAAGGGUCACUACUACGUGCCGCUCCUGAGAGCAGAGGACACGUCUUCUCCGGUGAUCGGGGAGCUGUGGUCUUCAGACCAGACGGCUGAGGCCUCUCAUGGUAGAGGCGGCCCCAGAGACCCCAUCCUGACCCUGAGAGCCUUCGCAGGACCCCUGAGUCCGGCCAAGGCAGAAGAUUUCCGCAGACUCUGGAAGACCCCGCCUCGAAAGAAAGCAGACUUCUUUCACAAUGUCAGGAAAUCGGAUCCAGAAAGAGGCAUUGAGAGAGUGGGAAGGGAGCUGGCACACGACCUGGGCUACCCCUGGGUGGAGUACUGGGACUUCCUGGGCUGCUUCGUAGAUCUGGCCUCCCAGGAGGGUCUGCAGAAACUGGAGGACUAUCUCACGCAGCUGGAAGUGGGCAGGAAAGCCCAACAGGACACAGGAGACGACUCUGCCUAUGGCUGUGCUGGGAAGGACAGCAGCUCCAUCUCUGUGAGGGCCUUUCCAGCCGAAGGUGAUGACAUGAGCUUGGAAGAGAUAAAAAACCGGCAGAACGCAGCUCGAAACGCCCAGCCCACGGUUGGAGCUCCCAGAGACGCAGGCUGCCACAGCCUUCCCUUCAUAGAAGCCUCGGCACCAACCAGUCCCCCCAGCAGCAAAAAUGGGUUCUGCAGCCCCCUGAGUAGCGGCAAAACCCUAGGUGGGAAAAGACCAGAGGCCCCAAGCCGGGAAGGAGUCCUCCUGUCACCUGUCUGCGGCUUGACUGUUGAGUUCAAUAAACUCAAUAUGCAGAACCUAGAAAGUAGCUUUUCUAAGACACCAAAUAAAAGUAUGAAAAGUAGAGGUGAGGAGGUCCUGAGAUCAAGAAUGGAUACAGUGGAAAGAGACUUGUUAGAACCUCCAGAUGCUGACAAAUGCGGAAAUCACCAGAUAAGGACGGAAAGUGACAUGUCGGCGGGAAUUGCUCGAAUGUGCCUGUGUCCCAACAGUCCAGGGCACAAGGCCCAGCAUGGCUGCAGUUCUGCGUCCCAGAAGCCUUCAGUCCCCACUACAAGGGAGCCUGUCCAGGGGCUCUUUCUUUCUGGAGAGGAGCCGACAAAACUGGAUCGAGAUGUGUUGGCAGCUCUGGAGUGUGCAGACCUGGACCCUGGCCGGUACCCAGCCGUGCACAGAUGGAAGAGCGCCAUCCUGUGUUACUCACCCUCCAACAGGCAGAGUUGGCCAAGCCCCGCGAUAAAAGGGAAGUUGACAACCCAGCUGCCGGAUCUUGGGUGCCCUCAGAGCUGCAGCCCAGGGAGAGGCGGUCCUUCUGCGGGCAGCCCCCGGAAGCCCAGCCCUGCCCCGCAUUCCCCCGGCCCAGGCAGCCCUGGGCGCUACAGCCCCGCAAACGGGGGCCACCUGCGCAGGAUGGUGCGCCUGGCCCAGCUCGCGGCCUUGUAGGGCGGGCGCACUGCUGGGCUCGCUCGCUUCUAAAGAAAGAGGGUAAUAUGUUUGUUGCUAAAAUGCACCAAAAAAAAAAUCUGAAUAACUUAUUAAUCCUCAUUUUGAGAGUAAAAGAAUUUUAGAAAAUACAAAUGUUCUGUAUAAAAUUGAGAGUUCUGGUUUUGGGAGAAGCUGAUGAAAGUUAACUCAGACACGUUCUGCAGACUGUCGCUGUGGCAACAACAGACGUGAGUGCACGUGUGACAGAUGGGGUCCGAGCACCUGUGCUCGCCACGAAGUUCACGUGGAUGCCCGAGAUGGGCUUGGUUGUGUGUGCGGCAGGCAGCCCAGCUCUGCAGACCGCAUUGUGUGCCAGCUCCCUCUUCUGGGGAGAGUCUCGAGCUCCCCAGUUUCUAGUGAAAAACCCUCUUCCCCUUGCCAUUCGAUGCCUUCUGGUGAGACCAGCUGCUGAGGCGGUGUUGGCAGUUAGGGAGCCUCGGCUGUCCUGGACUCGCAGCGACAUUUUUAAUUUGGUCGUUAAAAACAUUCAGAUUUGUGAUCAGAAGAUCAAACUAGCUUUUCUCUUGGAAAACAUCUUGUAGCUGCAGGGGUCAUGCCAUCAGGGAGGUGUCUGUCUCACAGUGACCUAACUCACCUGCCAGGGUCAUGGUCAGAGCACGGCCUGUCACCUGGUCCCUGGCUCUGAGAUUGUCCCAUGUUUUAGAAUUCAUUUCAGUUGGGUCUCCUUACAAACGAGUGUCCUGUUUUAGUACAGAGAGCAGAGGUUUACUUUUGGCAGGUUUCAAUUGGGCUCAGGUCCUGGAGUGCGGUUGUUUGGCGUCCCCUGGGCAGUAGCCUUGCAGGGUCUGCACAGAGCGUGGGGACCCUGUGCCACCACGGCUGAUCCCCCAGAGCCAAGCCAUGUGCCAAGGGCUAGUUCCUUUCCAGGUGCUUGAGACUGCUGCUGACGAGCGGCACCCGGAGCGCCCCUGUGUUGCAGCCAACGGAACAGGCUGUGCUGCUGCAGGCUGCAGUGCCUUGUGUGGGUCCAUGACUCCUGGACUUGCUUUCUGAGGAUAUACAGUGACACGAAGUAGGCGUGAGCGUCCUUGUCAUUUGUAAAAAUUCUCGCGAUAACGAGAGACAGGUCAGGAAUAUUAGAAUCAAGAUUUAGAUUUUAAAAUUCUAAAUAAAGGUUCUUACCCAAGGUGUUUUCACUUGUAGUGCAGCCAGCAAUCUAGAUAUGACAGAAGAUACAUUCUAUUAUAAAAACCAGUGGCAUUUUAAAAAGGCAUCUUUGUUCUGAAAUCAGAAUAUAUUCACAGUGCUCUUUUUUUCUAGACUCAUACCCUACUGCUGUAUAUUGUAAAUAUUCAGAUGGCAAUUAAAAGUGGUUUUGCCCUGA